CGCUGACGUCAGGCCGCCGGCGCCUGCGCAGAGACGCGCGUCGGCGCCAGUGAGCGCGGGCUGCCCGGCGAUGGGGGCGGCGGCGGCCGAGGCGGAUCGGACCCUGUUCGUGGGGAACCUGGACCCCAAGGUCACCGAGGAGCUCAUCUUCGAGCUGUUCCACCAGGCGGGCCCGGUGAUUAAAGUUAAAAUCCCCAAGGACAGAGACGGCCGACCCAAGCAGUUCGCCUUUGUGAAUUUCAAGCACGAGGAGUCUGUGCCUUAUGGCCUGAGCCUGCUUAACGGGAUCAAGCUGUACGGGCGGCCCAUCAAAAUUCAGUUCCGAUCAGGGAGCAGUCACGCAUCUCUGGACAGCAACCCGUCUUGUUCCCCGCACGGAGCCGCCAACACCAGCCCGACUGGCGUGCCGCAUCCGGCGUCGAACCCCGGCAGAUACGACAGGAGUCCUGACAGUACGGUAGCCGUGGGAUUCUCGCCGGCGCAGCGGUCCCUGCCGUCUGCCGAUAGCCUUCAGAGACAAGCGGUGAUGAACAACGUCAUGCGGCAGCAGCCUCCGUUCGGGGCCCCCCCCGGCUACCAACACGUUCCUCACGCCUUCCACCCGUCGCCCCCCUCCCAAAUACCGCGGCGUCCGGAACUGCCGGCGCCGCCACCGCCACGCAAGGGCAGGCUGAGCGCCCACCCUUACCACCCCGAGGGCCGGCACUUCGGCCGCGAGCAGCGCUUCGGGGAGCGGGUCCCCGAUUACGGCAGGGGCAAGAGGGAGGAGUACGGCUUUGAGGAGAGGGGGCACGAUGCCGGCGCCGAGCAUCGUUACCGGGGGGGCAGAGAGGAGCCUGCCUACGAAGACAGGCACCGGGACAGCUGGAGCCACGACUACGACUACCGGAGAGAGAGCUACAGAGAGGCCAAGUGGCACCCGUCACGGCACUAACGCCCGUUCGGUGGGCUUUAAAGAACUCGGCAUCCGAGAAAGCUCAAAUCUCUUUCUUACCGAGCAUACCUGUUUAAAAGAAAAAACAAAACAAAACACCCCGAAACAAAUCCCAGCCCCUGGCAGUUACCUUUUAAUGUUUGUAAAAGUACUAGCAGCGUAAUCCUCCCAAACUAGCGUCUCGUUUUUAAGUAAGUUAGCUCCACACCUCAGGGAGGGGGGGGAAAAAAGAGAAAAAAGCCGACGUGGUCGACGUUUGUAUUUUUGUAGCGGGUUGCAGGGGGGUGCGGGGGUACGUCCCUGUAGGCGGAGCUGGGGCGGGACGGAUGCUUUCUGGCAUCUCGGAUAUUUCGGGCGAGCGUUGUUUUGAUAAGGAAUGUUUGAAUGUUCCUUGUCCGGGAGGGGGGAAAAAAAAACCACCCCAAAACUACAACCCCAAAAACCAGCAUUAAAAGUCUCCCUGGAAAAAUUCUGC